AUGCCCGUCCCAAGGCCCUUAGAAACACGUCCGUGGUCAACGGCAUGGGUACAUACUUCUCCCACCCUUUCGUACUUCGUUCGCCAUCCCCUGCUCGCGAUAAGCGUAUUCAAUCCUUGUAUGAAGUGUUCGAAGCCGCUUCCUCUUCCAGAAGCCGUCAGCGAUCCAACUGCAGCUGGUGAAACUACAGCAAAACCCCGUGGCAAAACAGUUCCGCUAGUGGAAGUGGUCGUAAGGAUUUUGGUCAGUACUUUGUAUUUGACUUCGCUUCGAACUGGGACUUACGCACGUCUUCCACUAGCUGCAACUGAGAACGCUGCCAACCUACGUAUCUGCGAAUCGUUGCGCUGGCAUCCCUCUGUACCGAUGGGUUAG